AUGAGCUGCAGAGCACAAACAGAAACAGACAAAGAUAGCAACAAAAUCAAUGCAACAUAUUUAUUUUAACAGAAAGUGUUAGGUUUGGUUACUUUCAAUCCUUUAUGAGGUAAUUAUUAUUUAUUACUAUUACUACCAACAACUCUUCUUCCUCUCAAACCUUAAAAUUGUUGGUGCUAACAAAUUUUUUGACUUGUGUUUUGCAUUUGGAUUUCUUCUCUACUUGUAAAAAAGGAAGAGAAAAUUGUGUUUGAAAUUUUCAAUGGGUUCUGAAACAACACUACAAAUUCAGCACAUAAUUAACAUUCCAGAAUUGAUUGAACCUAUGUUACAUGAUCAAUGUUGCAUUUACAAUGUUCCUAACCAUCUCUUGAAGUUGAAUGAAGAUGCUUAUACACCAAAGUUUAUCUCAAUUGGUCCUUUUCACAGUCACAAUUCAGAACUAAAUCAAGAGAAACAGAAACAAAGGUACUUUCAUGCAUUUUGGAAACGUUUAUCGAAUAAACAAGCUUCGGCUUUGGUACAAUUCAAAGCUUUUCUUGAAGAUAACAGAGAAAAUAUCGGUAACUUUUAUUGCAAACAAGAUGUUUGCCAAAAUGACAAGUUUGUUGAAAUGAUUUUGUUAGACUCGGUUUUCGUCAUGGAGUUGUUUUUGAGAAAAGCUAAUGAAUCUGAACAGAAAAAUGAUUACAUGUUUACGACAUCGUGGAUUUAUAAAAUCACACAAAGGGAUCUGUUACUGCUUGAAAAUCAGAUUCCUAUGUUUGUUUUGGAGGAAUUGCACAAAAGGGUCUUCUUAUUAAGUGAUAACAAUGGUUGCAAUAAGGAAAAUUGUGUUAGUUUUAUCGAGCUUGCUUUUAACUACUUCGAAGAUUAUUAUCCUCAAAAGUUAAGCUCAAAAGAUGAGAUGAUUAGGAAUUGUAAAUCUUGCAAACACUUCACUGAUUUGAUUAGAUAUAGUUAUCUUCCGAGAGAAAUUCAAGUUAAGGGUGUGAAUCCAUCGGAAAAUUUUACGCCUUUUAGAUCAGAAUAUGUACUAAGGACAGCAACAAAGUUGAAUGAAGCAGGUAUUAGCUUUGAGAAAGUUCAAGGUAGAAGCUAUUGUGACAUAAGUUUUACCAAGACACCAAUUUUGAGCUGGUUUUUGUGCUUAGGUUGUGUACCAUGUUUGAAAGUUGUUGAAUCUAAGCUACAAAUUCCGCAUUUGAAUGUAGACCAAGGAACAGAAUGUGUUCUUAGGAACCUCAUCGCGUUUGAACAAUGUCACUAUUCCGACCAACCUUUUAUAUGCAACUAUGUUUCGUUGAUUGAUUCUUUGAUUCAUACACAUGAAGAUGUUGAAUUGUUGGUUGAUACAGAAAUCAUUAACCAUGAACUUGGGAGUCAUGCAGAAUUGGCAACUUUGGUUAAUUGUCUUUGCAAAUGUGUUGUGGUGACAUCGAAUUGUUAUGGCGAAGUCGUAAAGGAACUGAAUGAACAUUAUAAUAACCGGUGGAAGCAUUAUAUGGGAAUGUUGAGAUCAGUCUAUUUUCGCGAUCCUUGGAGACUCAGUUCAACUGUUGUUGGAGUUGCUAUUUUCUUAUUUGCUAUUGUCAAUUUUCUUAGAGUUAUUGGUGUAUUUUCAACCUAAAUUCUGAAAUAGUUUAUAGUACUAGUUGAUUUUGUUAGAAUA